AUGUCUGGCUAUAUGCACCCUCUUCUAGGGCAAGAACUGCAUCUACAGAGACCUGAAGAUUCCAGAACCUCACCUGAUCAUAACAACAUGGAACUCAACAGAUCUGAAGCUAACGAAGCAAAGGCCGAGACCACUCCCACCGGCGGAGCUACCAGCUCAGCCACCGCCUCUGGCUCUUCCUCCGGACGCCGUCCACGUGGCCGUCCUGCUGGUUCCAAAAACAAACCCAAACCUCCGACGAUUAUAACCAGAGAUAGUCCUAACGUCCUUAGAUCCCACGUUCUUGAAAUUACCUCCGGCUCCGACAUAUCCGAGGCUAUCUCCACCUACGCGACUCGCCGCGGCUGCGGCGUUUGCGUUAUAAGCGGUACCGGUGCGGUUACUAAUGUCACCAUACGGCAACCGGCGGCUCCGACAGGUGGCGGUGUGAUUACACUGCAUGGUCGGUUUGAGAUCUUGUCUUUAACCGGGACGGCACUUCCACCGCCUGCGCCGCCGGGAGCAGGAGGUUUGACGGUGUAUCUAGCCGGAGGCCAAGGACAGGUUGUGGGAGGGAAUGUGGCUGGUUCGUUGAUUGCUUCGGGACCGGUAGUGUUGAUGGCUGCGUCUUUCUCAAACGCUGUCUAUGAUAGGUUACCGAUCGAGGAGGAAGAAACUCCUCCGCCGAGAACCACCGGAGGGCAGCAGCCGCAGCCUGCUGCAUCUCAGUCUUCGGAUGUUACAGGGAGUGGGACCCAGGUGUGUGAGUCAAACCUCGGAGGUAGAAACGGAGGAGGAGUUGCAUUUUAUAAUCUUGGUAUGAAUAUGAACAAUUUUCAGUUCUCCGGCGGAGAUAUUUUCGGUAUGGGCGGCGGUGGUGGCGGCGGAGGAGGAGAUGGUGGAGGCGGAGGUGUUACUAGACCCGCGUUUUAG